UUGGGGGAUUCUUGACACGUUUCGCUUUUGAUUUGGAUUAGAUGAGGAUGCGUGUGAUGACACAGGCGAAUUGAUCGCGUUUGUCCGGAGAUUGCCUUUAGUGCACGCCCACACCGCGAGGCUUGAGUGCUUUUCAAAAUAAACUGCUCAGUUGAUUAGGUCUCCCCUUCCGACUGUACGGCCUCAAACUGCAAAGGCAGUUAAGUGCCACCAGGGUGUGGAAGCCAAAGUUUGUUUGGAAAAUUACCUAUGUGCACUUUGCACAACUGGGAUUUGGGACUACGCCAGAAAGCACCACCUGAUCUUUUUUGUUUUCAAGUGCAAUAAUACAGACCAUCGUCUACCAGGAUUUUUCACGUGUGUUUUUCUUUGUGAUUCAGGCUUUUUUGGAGUUUAUGUUUGAAUAAAAGAGGCCGAACCUUUGGGGGUAUUUUACUUCAAAUGAAGAACAUGGUGAAACUAAUUUACACAUUAGCUGAUCAUGGUGAUGAUAUCAACUGCUGUGCCUUCUCCUCGUCCCUCUUGGCUACUUGUUCCUUGGACAAAACAAUUCGCCUGUACUCCCUAAGUGACUUUACUGAAGUGCCGCACUCUCCAUUGAAAUUUCACACCUAUGCUGUCCAUUGCUGCUGUUUCUCCCCUUCAGGACAUAUUUUGGCUUCAUGUUCAACAGAUGGUACCACUGUCCUAUGGAAUCCACACAGUGGACAGACGUUGUCAGUGAUGGAACAGCCCAGUGGGAGCCCCGUGAGGGUUUGCCGCUUCUCCCCAGACUCCACCUGUUUGGUGUCAGGUGCAGCUGAUGGAACUGUUGUUUUGUGGAAUGCGCAGUCAUACAAGUUAUAUAGAUGUGGUAGUGUUAAGGAUGGCUCCUUGGUGGCCUGUGCGUUUUCUCCUAAUGGAAGCCUCUUUGUCACUGGCUCCUCAUGUGGAGAUUUAACAGUGUGGGAUGAUAAAAUGAGGUGUCUGCAUAGUGAAAAAGCACAUGAUCUUGGAAUUACCUGCUGCGAUUUUUCUUCACAGCCAGUUUCUGAUGGAGAACAAGGUCUUCAGUUUUUUCGAUUGGCAUCAUGUGGUCAGGAUUGCCAGAUCAAAAUUUGGGUUGUUUCUUUUACCCAUAUCUCAGGAUUUGAAUUAAAAUACAAGAGUACACUGCGUGGGCACCACGCCCCUGUUUUGGCUUGUGCUUUUUCUCAUAAUGGGCAGAUGCUCGUCUCGGGAUCAGUGGAUAAGUCUGUCAUAGUGUAUGAUACAAAUACUGAGAAUGUACUGCACACAUUGACUCAGCAUACCAGGUAUGUUACAACUUGUGCCUUUGCACCCAAUGUCCUUUUACUUGCUACUGGUUCAAUGGACAAAACAGUGAACAUCUGGCAAUUUGACAUGGAAACACUUUUCCAAGCAAGGAGCACAGAAGAUCAACUGAAGCACUUUACUGAAGAUUGGUCAGAAGAUGAUGUCUCAGAGUGGCUUUGUGCACAAGAUUUAAAAGACCUUGUUGGUAUUUUCAAAAUGAAUAAUAUUGAUGGAAGAGAACUGUUGAAUCUUACAAAAGAAAGUCUGGCUGAUGAUUUGAAAAUUGAAUCUCUAGGGUUGCGUAGUAAAGUACUGAGGAAAAUUGAAGAGCUCAGGACAAAGGAGAAAACCCUUUCUUCUGAAAUUCCUGAUGAAUUUAUAUGUCCAAUCACUAGGGAGCUGAUGCAAGAUCCUGUCAUCGCAUCAGAUGGUUAUUCAUAUGAAAAGGAAGCAAUGGAAAACUGGAUAAGCAAAAAGAAACGUACAAGUCCCAUGACAAAUCUUGUUCUUCCUUCAGUGGUACUUACACCAAAUAGGACUCUGAAAAUGGCCAUCAAUCGAUGGCUAGAGACACAUCAAAAAUAAAACUGUUUAUAUUAUAUUGUGUUAUUUAUGUUUUUUCAGUGAUCUCAUUUGAAUGAUUUAAAGGUAAAUACUAAUCGAACAUUAUUAAAAGCAAAACAGAAGAAGAAAGGUAAGCUUCUUAGUUAUCUAUAAACACUAUUUGCUGUCUAUUUUCAUUCUUUAAAAUAUAUGGCUAAAUAACACAUCUAACUUCUUUUCCAUUUUUACUCUAAAAGCCGUUUUGUACUAGUGAAAAAAAAUCGUAACCUGUAGAGCAAUAAAAUUUUACUUUGA